GUUCCGCUUAAUGCACACCGAAAUAUGCUCUUCAAAGCAUGUCUUGGAAUUCGUGCCGAUAUAGCAACAUCAGCAAUGGCGACAGGAACAAAGUCCGCAGGACUCGAAACUGAAGCAUCCUGUUUUUAAAAUAAUCGAAAGCGAAAGCGCAGGCCGGCGGCUGAGCGCUGCUGGGCGCAGAGGACAGGUUUGUGUGGUCGUGUUGGGGUUCGGUUCUAAGCGCCCUUUCCGGGAGCGUCCGCGGUGGAGCAGAGAACCAUGGAUGCUGAUAUGAACAACAAAAUGCAAGCUUGUAAAGAGCACUCACCAGAGAAAGAGGUUAUGAUAGCUGGACAAAGCGAGGGAUUAAUUCAUGAAAUUAUGAGGGAAAACUUCCAGCUUGACCAGGAGAUCAAAAAACUUGAAGCAGAGUUACACUCGGACGCCAGAGAAUUCAAAAUUAAAGAGAAUAUACCAGAAGGAAACCUUAAAUUCGUCUCAUUGGAGAAUCCUGAGGAUGGUGCCCACUUCUCAAAUAGCUCCUGUUCAUUUCAAGUGAGCUCACACAUUCUUUAUGAGCUCCAGAAGGGACAAGCGCUUAUCACCUUUGAGAAGGAAGAAGUUGCACAGAAUGUGAUAACGAUGGGGAAGCAUGUUGUGCAGAUGGAGAAAACUUCUGUGGAGGUCACUGCACAUCCGGUCCCAUUACACAUAGGAGUCAGAUUCCAGGUUCAUGUGGAUGUUUCCAGGAUGAAAAUCAAUGUUACGGGGAUUCCCGAUGACCUGCCUGAGGAGCAGACAAGAGACAAGCUGGAGCUGAGUUUUUGCAAGUCCAGGAACGGAGGUGGAGAGGUGGAAAGUGUGGAUUAUGACAGGAAGUCAAGAAGUGCCGUUGUCACGUUUGUGGAAGCCGGAGUUGCCGACAAGAUUUUGAAGAAGAGAGACUACCCUCUUUAUAUGAAUUCAAAGUGCUAUAGAGUUACAGUUUCUCCAUUUAUAGAGAGACGCUUGGAAAAGUACCAGGUAUUUUCAGCCGUAUCUAAGAAGACAGUGCUUCUGACUGGGUUAGAAGUUGUUUGGAUGGAUGAAGAGAUUGUGGAGGAUUUAAUCAGCAUCCACUUCCAAAGGAAGAAUAAUGGAGGUGGAGAAGUGGACUCGGUCAAGUGUUCUUUAGAUCAGUCUUACACAGCUUAUUUUGAAGAGUAGGCCAGAGAAACCAUAUGGAAGUUAUAGCUUUGACCCCAAAUCACUGUAAACAUUUUCAAAAUAUUGUUCUCCUUAAAAAAAAAGAAACUUUAA